AUGGGGACAAAAAAAAGUGACGGGACCUCGGCGAGGCCGGCGGACGCAAACCACCGCCGUCUCAUCGAUUUCGUCGUGGGAUCCGUCGCGCACGCACUGGCUGCUCGCACCAUCCUGCACCCGCAGAUUCUGUUUCGGCGACCCUCCUCCACCCCGGCGUCACCGCAGACGCAGCAAUGCUGCAGGCUGUCUAUCGGUUCCCUCUCGCAAAAGCCGAAGCCGCCGCGCGGGUGUCCCCAGUCCUCGCUUGCCGCCUGCAUGCGACACCGGUACCGCAUGCUGCGCUGCCGCAGCAAAACCGUUGAGGGGUCGAAGGGGCGGCAGGCAGAGCGAGCGCUGAGGUCAGGAAGUGUGCAGCGGCGCUGGCUUUUUCGCGUUCACGACAGCACCUCUGCGCAGCUGAGGCGGCAAGCCUCCGGGUCGUGCAGGACAGCCUCGACGCCGCCUCCGUCGCUGGCGGCAGAUGCGCAGAUUUUCCGUGCCGCGUGGAUGCACUAA